AUGCCUAGUAAAUCUGGCAGUGGCCAACGACUGUUGAACGAGGCAGAAGCAUCACUUCAGAUUGGCCAAGUUUUGGGGCUAAAUUGUGAAGGCAAUGAGGGGGAAGUUAUAAGCAAAUUAAUGGAGGUGGAAGCACAAUAUAAGGAAAUGAUGAGGAGGAGGGGUGGAGAUGCAGAAACAAAGAAAUCUUCAAUUAAUGAGGAGUUUGUGCGACUAAUUUGGCCUGGAGAAAAGAUGGAAUUCAUGGCAGUGUAUUCGGAUGGUGUAGUCGGUGGGCUAUUAUGCAUUUGGAAUCCAGAUGUCUUUCAGAUGCUGGACUGCUAUUCCAACAAGAAUUUCAUUAUUCUGUCAGUAUUAGAAGAAGAAUGGUGUGGUGAUAGUAUUAGAAGGAGAAUGGUGUGGGAUAGCUUAAUUAGAUUAAAUCAAGUAUAUGACAAACCUUGGUGUCUUGGGGGUGACUUUAAUGAAAUCAAGUGUCUAUCUGAAAAAAAAGGGUGUUCUAGGAGAGACAGGAGUGUAAGAGAGUUUAAUGAACUAAUUGACAACCUAGAAGUGUGUGAUCUGCCAAUGAUGAGAAGGAAAUUCACCUGGUGUAACUCACAGGAUGGAGGGAAGUGGAGUAGGAUUGAUAGGUUCUUACUUAGCCCGGAGUGGAUACAUAAGUUUAAUUUUAAACCAUGGGGAUUGCCUAGAAGAAUCUCAGACCAUUGCCCUAUCUUGCUUAUGGAAGAUGAGAGGGAUUGGGGUCCAAAGCCAUUUUUUCUUAAUGCUUGGUCCUUACAUCCAUCUUUCUUAGCUUUUGUGGAGAAAAUCUGGGCUGAAACUACUGUGCUUCUUGAGGAGGAACUCCAUAGGCUUGAUUUGGCAGCUGAGGAAAGAUCUCUGACUGAAUCAAAGUUAACUAGAAGAAGGAAGAAAUCCAAAACUAAUUGGGCAUUAAAAGAGGACAGAAAUACAAAAAUUUUCCACGUCAUGGCAUCCUCCAGGAGCAAUAAAAAUGCAUUGAAUUCAAUAACUGUGGAUGGGGUUAUAAAGGAAGAUCCUGCAGUUGUUAGGGCUGAAGUCCUGCAGCAUUUUAAAAAUCAGUUUAUUGAAUAUUGGUCCAAUAGACCAAGCUUAUUUGGUCCUUUUAAGUCCAUUGGGGGAGUUGAGGUUAGAGCUACAUUAGAAGCUGAAUUUUCUGAAGCAAAAAUAGUAGCAGUAGUGAAAAACUGUGAUGGGAAUAAGGCUCCUGGGCUUGAUGGGUUCAAUAUGAUGAUGUUUUAG